AUGUCAACACGACGUUGCGAGCAGUGCGAGAACUGCUUCAGACACGUAGAGAGCAUCUACUGCAGCAAAGCCGUGAAAAACUGCAACGGAUUGCAUUCACCACAACUCCUGACCUGUGCGCGGUGUAAAGAAGUCCGCUAUUGCUCAAGAACAUGCCAACGACUGCAGUGGAAGGAACACAAAAGCGCAUGUGACACGCAAGUGAUGAUAAUGUGGACACUGAAAGUGCUGUCGCCGCGGAUAGAACGGACGUUCAAGGCGUUUGCCAAGUUCUGCAAGAAUAUCAGCGGCUAUCUCGAGACGCCCGCCAUCAGCGCUCUGGAACUGUACAAGGGCAAGCAUCGAGUUGAAACCCAUGUCUUCUUCAUCAAAAUCCGGGCUAAGGAGACAAUAUUCUGGCAGAACAAAAAGGGAACGAAGGGAUGUAUCACUUUCAAAGUCGAGUCGGCGGAGGGCGUCACGAUGAAAGAGAUGCACGAUUUUCUCGAUUACCGUUCGGGCCCACUGUCUACGCCCGAAGUGACGGACCGCACGCUGGCCCACCGCCCGGGCCUCCUGCGCAUCUUCGUGCACGACGUCAGCGGGAUCAUCCCAGCGCCCAUCGACGGCUACACGCUCCCGACGGACAUUGCCAACUGGCCGUCCAACUACCACAAGCGGUACGACCCGGACUGGCUCGAGCACUUCCUUGAGAGCAUCGGGCAGCGGCUGGACAGACCGACCAAGUCUGGGUUGGACGGCUCGGAGUUUGAGCUGGAGCCCGAGGGCGAGGAGCAGCCCCCAUUUACGAUACCUCCCGCCCGACCCUCGAGCCCGACGGAGUUUGACGAUCGGCCACCCAAUCCUGAGGCGGCGCUGAAGGAGUUGGAGCUCCCCUCGAGACCGACAAGUCCAUGUUAA